UUGAUAUUUUUGUUCGAUCAUAUGUCUUGGGGCUCUUGGCCGACUCUCGCACGUGCUGAUAGCUCGGUCCCUUUCCUUUGUCGCUUGGUCCCAAGGAUUCCCGACUGUAUAUGACCCGUGGCUCUCUCUUUCUUCUCUUCAAUCUUCAAACCCCCGAAAUCUCUCAGUAUACGACUAUUCAGGGUAUUCCCACUAUCCCCUCUAUCUUACAGCCAUGACUCUGCGAUAAACUAACGGAUGGCUUUGUGCUCGAAGUCCGACCUGUCUUUCCUCUCUUGUCUGCCCCAGAUCCACCUCUAGAUUUGAUCAUCAUUUCGUCAGCUGUGUUAAGAUCCUUGGUCACAAACGCAUCCUCAAUCCUAGAGAUUUAUAUCCCACCCUCUCUCCUCGGGCCAACAAUUCGAACCCUCCGCUACUUAAUACCUCUCGAAAAUGAAAUUCGGACGCAACUUACCCCGCAAUGUGGUUCCGGAAUGGAGCGCAAACUACAUUCAUUAUAAGGACUUGAAAAAGCUCAUCAAAGCAGCGGCGGAGAACGUAAAAUCGGGACACGAGGCUGAUCUUGCAGGAUUUUUCUACGCUCUCGACCGGAACCUCGAAGAUGUUGACUACUUCUACAACAAAAAAUACGCUGACUUCGCGCGCCGUAUGAAGAUAUUGGAAGAGCGAUAUGGCCCGUCACUGGAUGGCCGCCAGCGCCUGGACACGGAAGAAGUGGAGGACUUGUUGGCGGCAUUGCUCGAGCUACGUGGCCAAUGGCGCAAACUGCAGUGGUAUGGAGAAGUCAAUCGUCGAGGCUUCAUCAAGAUCACCAAGAAGCUGGACAAAAAAGUCGGCGUUCAGACGCAACAAAAAUAUCUGGAGACGAAGGUGGACCCGCUUCCCUUCGCCUCGAAUCCGGAAAUCACCACUGCUCUGAAGAAGAUUAAUGACCGCUUGUCCGUCCUUGGGGAACAGAAAAGUAACGAUGAUGCCAGCUCAACGCACUCGUCUCUGUCAUUCAAAGCGGGCCGAUCGCGGCCUCAUCUGAAUCUGCCAGCCAGUAUGCUGCAAGCUGUUGAUGAAGCGUUGCGGAAGAACGAUACACAUGUUCUACUGGAGUUACUUGAGUCCUUAAAGACAGCUGCUGACGACUCAGGAGAGCACAUCUAUCUCAAAGUUCUCCAGAGCCUCCUUCAGCGAUCUAUCUAUUAUCGCGCGAACGCAUGCAUUACAGUGCUACUUAAUCGCAUGGACACGCUCGAUGAGGAGGAUGAUAUCAACAAGCGUAACUGUAUUCAUCGGCUUGUGAUCUCUAUUGGUCGCGCACAGUCCACCAGUGAUUCGGAACAGUCUGCUUCUUUGGUCCUUGACUUCCCUCUGGAAACGUCGAACUAUAUUACCCCUGCUGCCUUGCCCACUCUGCAAGCGCCUCGCUCGGUGGUAAAAGAGGAAGAUUUCCCUCAACAUUUGGAAAGAUCUGAUCCGCCGGUGUCACUGUUGCAGCAUAUACUUGAUCAGCUUCAGCCUUCCCAGCGCAAGGCCUUGCUUGCGAAAGAUAUCUCCGGGCGUACUCCGCUUCACUAUGCAGCGCAAUAUGGGUUCAAGGUUGUGUGCGAAGUAAUCAUCGAGCACCUGCAGGCGUGGGAUAUGUUUGACGUCAACGAGGGCAUCGAUGGCCCACGUUGGCAAGACAAUGAUGGCUGGGCUCCGCUGCAUUUGAGUGUCGUGGGUGGCCAUCCCUUGACUACUAAUUGUCUUCUCGAAUCGGAAAACUGGCACGGAGCCAAUAAAGACAAAGCGAAAAUCCGCAAACAAGUGUCGCGCUCGAGUGCUGUGCUGGCUCUGGCAACCAAAGCGAACUUUGUUGAUAUCGUGCGGCUCUUGGUCGAGGCCGGUGUGGACAUCAAUUACCAGGACGAUCACGGCGAAACUGCACUCCAUGUGGCCGCUCGCUUUGGGCAUGAUCUGUGCGCGGAGAUCCUGCUACAGGGGAACGCGGACCAGAAGGCUGACACUGAGCUCGCUGAGAAGACGUAUGGCUGGACGCCGCUGUUCAUUGCUUGUGUGGACGGAGCCUUGCGUGUUGUAGAAUUGUUAAUUGAAGCAGGCGCUGAACUUGAAAGGCUGGACUCAUCCGGUUGGACUGCAAAGGAGCAUGCCGCUCUUAGAGGUCAUCUCGAUAUUGCUCGUUGUCUCGCAAAGGUCACGCCGCCGCCUGAGAUCAGCGAAGCGGAGCCUGUCAUCCCCGUGCCAACUGUCUCGUCUGCUCCACCAUCUCCUCCGCCGUCUUCUUUGGCUGACAGGCGGUCCAAUGCGCCUGCCAGUAGCUCCCCACUGCGCACCGCAGAGCCUAUCAAGACCUUCGGUCAUCGGUAUCUCACUGAUGAGUCGAUGAUUCUGGUCAGUCUGGGCACUAUGGACAUGCGCAGCUCUCUUGAGGCUGUCAAUCUCGACCGGAUUCCUCUAGAGAGCGCUCACUCCACCCAGCUAGACACGGCCCUCUCGAUCGUCGUUUCCGCCAGCGGGGCUCGUGGGGAGCCUGAGAUAAUCGAUCUUCCUGUCCAAGACAAUAUUUCCACCGAACCCAUCGUUUUCCAUGCUAAGGAUGCUUCGAAGGUCCGGCUCUUGUUCGAUCUAGUCCCAACUUACGCUGGCUCUAAGGACAAGAUUGUGGGACGAGGAGUUGCUUUGCUCUCGAGUAUCAAGCCCACUCUUGGUUCUCAUCGCAUCAACCUCAAGGGCGACUCCACAGUUCCUAUCGUUGCAGCGAAUACACUGGAAGUGAUUGGCUCCGUCACGUUCAAUUUUCUGAUCAUCACGCCGUUCAAGCAUCCUAACAUGACAAUCACGGGGGACAGAACGUACUGGAAAAGUAUGAGUUCCACUAUGGUGAUUGGGCACCGUGGCUUGGGUAAGAACUUUGCCAGCCGCAACUCAUUACAGCUCGGCGAGAAUACCGUACAGUCUUUCAUCGCCGCUGCAAACCUGGGUGCUUCCUACGUGGAAUUCGACGUCCAGCUGACAAAAGACCACGUGCCUGUUAUUUACCAUGAUUUUCUUGUCAGCGAGACGGGAAUUGACGCCCCGGUCCACACCCUCACUCUGGAACAGUUCCUUCAACUAGGAGACAACAAACCUGCCCGUCGGCCUGGUUCACCGCCGCAAACGCCAGACGUGCUAGGCAAAGACAACUACUUCAAUACUCGCCCGCGGUCGAUGUCCGUCGGUGGUUCAGAAUAUGAUCCGUCUGAGAUGAACGAGAAAAUCAAGCAUACCCGUGACUUCAAAAAGAAGGGCUUUAAAGGCAACAGCCGUGGCAACCACAUCCAAGCUCCUUUCGCCACCUUGGAGGAACUGUUCAAGAAACUACCUCAAUCCGUUGGAUUCAACAUCGAGCUGAAGUAUCCCAUGCUCCACGAGAGCGAGGAGGAAGAAAUGGACACUUAUGCGGUGGAGCUGAAUUCAUUCGUGGACACUGUCCUUACCAAGGUCUAUGAUCUAGGCCAGGGACGCAACAUGAUCUUCUCCAGCUUCAACCCGGACGUGUGCUUGCUGCUUUCCUUCAAGCAACCGUCCAUUCCAGUGCUUUUCCUGUCGGACUCCGGAGCAUCUCCUGUUGGCGAUAUCCGUGCUAGUAGUCUACAGGAAGCGGUUCGCUUCGCAUCCCGAUGGAACCUGCUCGGCGUUGUCUCGCAGGCCGAGGCUCUUGUUCUGUGUCCUCGGCUCGUCCGAGUGGUGAAGGAAUCUGGGUUGGUGUGUGUGUCCUAUGGAGCCAUCAACAACGACCCGGCCAAUGUCAAACUGCAAGUUGCCGAGGGAAUCGAUGCGGUGAUUGUGGACUCAGUCCUUGCCAUUCGAAAAGGACUCACUGAACAUGAAAGCAAACGCGGGACGCCGGGAGUCUCACCGCAACCCAGCCCUCUGGCGCAGCCUACAGCCAGGGCACUCAAAGACUCGAUCUCAAUUCCCGUGCUGGAACAGACGGAGGAGAAGGACAACCGUCUUCACGUGAAGCCGUAGGCACUCAUCUGAGCAGCUUCCGGUGAUGGUUCAACAAGCGGCCAGCUGGACAUUUCGCCCGAUUAAUUACACAUAGAUUGCACGUGGGAUCUCCAUCCCAUCUAGAACUCGAUCAUCGUUUAGGUUUGUCCUUUGUGGAC